CAUGUGUGUGCAUUCUGCCGAAAAUUAAUUAAAAUAUUUUUCCCCCUCCAAACUCGAAUUGGUGAACAAUUUUUAAUAUUGAUUUACCACAAAUUCUAUUGAUUUGCUAAUCUGUACCUGAGACUCAAUUACAAGAAAUCAGUGUUAGCUUCAACUUAAAAUGGGGAAAAAUGGAAUACCUUCUAGAUGGUUGGACUAUCAAUCCAUAGGACAAGAAAUACGAGGAGUUCCAAUUAUUGCCUGCAAAGUUCCUUUGAAAGAGGACUUGGUUCGCUAUAAAAUCAAACGGGAUCAAUGGUUCACGCCUGAAAUGCUGGUGGAAAAGGUGCCCAACGUCGGCUGCAUAGUCGAUUUGACUGCCACCGAUCGAUACUACAAUCCAUCGGUUUUCACGCAGCGCGGCAUCCACCACGCCAAGAUCUUUUGCGAAGGACACGUCAUCCCGAAGCCCACGACAGUGCAGAGAUUCUUCCAAGUCUUGGACGACUUCUUUCACAGUGUCCACUCCCGAGGCAAAGUUUUGAUGGUACAUUGCACGCACGGUUUAAACAGAACGGGCUAUUUGGUGUCGAGGUACAUGGUUGAACGGAGAGGUAUUCAUCCUGAGGCCGCCAUUCAUGCUUUUAACCGUGCCCGCGGUCACUACAUUGAACGCGCCAACUACCUACAAGAUCUCCGUAAAAUGAAUAGUCGCGUUUGUCGCAACCCGGUCCCGCUAUUUCAAAAAGGCGCACCUCGGCGCGUCCAUCAGGAGCCAACUGCCGCCAGUCACGACACAACUUCAUCUAACGAUCAUCACUUGGACGAUCAAGAUGGCCGAUCUGGAACUCACGAUCAUUCGCCGCCUUUCCCUGACUACCAUCAGCCUCCUCCGGUUGCUCAAACGUACAACGAACGGCCUUCGUUCGUUACUCAACCGAUCGAGAGGCAUCCGACUGGGCCAAGUCACGGCCAACAGCAGUUGAAUUGGAGACAAGGGCCGAGCUCCGGUCCCCGCAGUCACUACGCGGACCUUGUCAACAGCCAAGGUCGAAACAACAGUCCUUUGCCUCCGACCGACAGUUACAGCGCUGGCCAUCAGCGCCCAGCCCAGCAUCCCUAUGCUCCCGCACCGGUAGUGCCUUGUUCCGUGCCAGUCCACGACUACUCACAGCCUCCGCCUCCGAUAAUCAACAAACUGCCGAAUUUGAAAUGGAUCGUGACCGACAGUUUUCCUGUCCAGUUGAAUAACAACUUGGGCGAUCGACCCAAGUCGGCCAAUCGCAGCCGAUCGGAUGACCACCACCAUCAGUCGGCCUCCAGGUCUCAAAGUCGGGGUGCUUCGCCCGUUGACGCCGGACGCCGGAAACCGAGACGCAAUCGCAGCUCUCCGCCAGCAGCUUCGUCUUCCUCCGAGCAGCGCAGAGAAAAUCGCCAUCGUGAUGAUCGUCGCCAGGAUUCCAAGGUUCAUUCUCAUUCUGUCCGCUCCAGUCAUCGAGAUCACCCGUUUGAUCGACCUGUUAAUUCCUCGUCAUCUUCUCGCCAGGAUUUUUCUUCGGACCAAGGAGCGCCCGGAAAAAGGGAGCGCUCUAGACGUCGUCGAGAUGCUGGACGAUCGGCCGAGCGCAGCUAAUGAGAGAUCACCACCGCUAUACACUCUGAUCACGCCCGAUCUCUCCGCCUCCUGACAAGAACUUGAAAUUGCCUUUUUCAUUUUCCUUUUUUUUUCUUUUUUGGUUUCUAAAGAAAACGCAUUUUUAUUGCCACUUUUUCAGCUCUUUUGAUUUCGGUGCGUUUCUUAUUUUUUAAGUAACCACGACUACUACUACCUUGUGUCAGUUUCAAGUGUCAGAGUGUCUUUGGGUUCGAGCGUGUCGGUAUAUCCUAUAGCUCUCUGGCUUUUAGAAAUAAAAGGAGAAUUCUUUGGCCAAUAAACAAAUCCUGGCGGGUUAAAAAUA